AUGUUUUCCCCUUCGAAGCUCGACGAUUGCCACGGCGCCUGGUACGUACGAGUCAACUCGACCAACAUCAUGUCAGAGAACGGGAUGAUAGUGGUCGGCAGCGUGCCAGCCAGAGACGGCCGCAUUAAGGCGUGCGACAAGAAUGACGUCGUGAAGGGCGUCCCCGAGGCCAAGUCUGGCGCGGAGGCCUCCCUCGACGAGAGCACCCUCAAGAAGGACCCGGCCGCGGAAAAGGACCCCGACGCGGACGCCGUCGACUCGGGCAAGGCCACGGCCAUGUUCUCCGCCCACGAGCCGAGCCCGAACGCCGUUUUCUGGCCCAAGCUUGCGCGCCCGACCGACCCGCCGACAGCCGGCGUCACCGAAAAAGCGCCGGCUCUCAAGCCGGACACCGAAGACGCGCCGGCUUUCAAGCCGGUGACCGGCGGUGGCGAGCCACCGCCGCCGUCGAUCAAGGAAUUUCCAGCGGAGACGCCCGCCCCGGCGGGCGACGCCGACUGGGCCGUCUCGGCGGCCAAGCAGUUUCCAGCGGAGACGCCCGCCCCGGCGGGAAUCGACGAGUGGAAGACGCCCUCGCCGCUCUGCAAGAUCGAGCGCAAGGGCAACCUGAAUGAGCGCACCGAACACGCCACCCCGAUCGGCGGCAAGAACCCCAACGGGUUCGCGGCCCUGGUCGGAACGGACGGUAACGAGGGCAUGAUCCACGGCAAGGCGCCCCGCGGCGCGAACGUCAUGCCGGAGGGCUCCGUCUCUGCCGGCGGAUGGUUCUGCUGGCCCAAGUCCUGCUGGCCCGGCCUGCUUUGCUUCUUCGCCCUCGUGGCGAUCGGGGCAAGCGGCGCGGCCCUCGUCUACUCUUCGUACGUCUCCGGCGGCGUCGCGCUUCUCAAUUCGAUCUCCGAUGCGACGUUGCCCCCGGCCGAGAUUGCCCGAGAUCUUGCGGCCAUCAACGCACGUUUCCUGUCCGGCCGUCCGGCCGAUGACCUUCGCGACGUGGGCCUCAUCGUUCGCCACGCAAACCCAGGCGUGCCGUGGCUCACGGGGGAAGGUAAACCUGGCUUGAGCGACAGGAUGUCUGGCUCCAUCAUCAACGCACGCUUGCCCUACACCUUUUCGAACUCGGCUGUCGGCAUCAUCCUAAACCCGGCGCACCUCACGAGCGGCGCGACCCCCUGCGCAUGUGCGGGUGAUUGCGGCUCAUAUCGCUUCGGCAAAGGCAAGUCGCUACUCGAGCAGUGCGAGGCUCGCGACUCGCCCGGCCGCCCGCACCAUUACCGGGAUCUGGCGGCAAUGUUGAAGGCACACGAGAGCUCUCUGCAGUGGCGUGAGACUUGCGUCGUCAAUACCGUCAACACGGCGCGCGACCGCAACGGCUGUCGCUACAACGAGGUGCUUCUCGAUGCGGUGGCAGUAGGCGACGCGCUUCCAAGCGUGGUGGAGGCCGUCUUCCUUCCGAUUAAUGCGGGACCGGUCGACCGCGUCGAGGGCAGCCCGGCGCAGGCUCGCCACGUGCGAGACACGUUUGCGCGAGCCUUUGGCAUGCAGCUGCCGCUGCUCACUUUUGACGUGCGCGCUGCGCAAGAGGGCCGAGCCCCAUUCGCGAUGAUGGAUCUCGACUGGGGUCCUGAGGGCGCCGCGGCCAAGGAGGAGGACGGCGCUGACGCCACCGACGCGCCGGGGCCGCUUUGUGUCGCGGGCCGCCAGCUCCCGGAGCUCUUCUUGCUUGGCGCGCAAAAGUGUGGCACGACAUCGCUGGCCAGACAGCUCGUGCAGCACGGAGUCCGCCUCUCCCACAGCUUUGAUGACGGCAUCGCGUACUCCGAUGGCAAGGAGCCUCACUUCUUCAACACGCCAGAGCGGUACGCUCGUGGGAUCGAGUACUACGCUUCGAUCUUUCCUCCGUGCGGCCGGGAUGUGAUCACGAUGGACGCGACGCCCGACUACCUGCUCGACAACUCGUCCCUCGGCCGGCUCGCCAGCAUGUACGGCUCGGCCCGGCUCGAGCGCACGACCUUCGCGGUCCUCCUCUGCGAGCCCCUGCAGCGCGCACAGUCCGCAUUCUACCACAUGAAGUCAUACCCGGUGGCGGGCAUCGCCACACCGUCCAGCGCAACCUUCUCCGACUUUGUGAAGGACGACGCCGACGACCCACACCCGCUGUGGGCGCACGGGCAGUACGGGCCCCAGCUUGACGGGAUCCUGGCGCAGCUCGGGCAGAUCGCCAUCGUGCCGACCGCGUGGUACCUGGCGGCGGCCGGCCCUACCAUCACCGGCUUGCUGAGCCUUGUGCAGCGCCGCAGUGGCAAGCGGUCGCAGCGCCCCCCCCUGGAAACCCUUCAAGGUGAGGCACGUCAUGAGAAUGCAGGCAAGCACCCGCUCCUCGCGACUGAGAUUACGAGCCCGGUGGAGCGCCAGAGCCUCUCGAAGCUGUUUCAGCCAUCCAACGAACGCGUGUACGAGUUGGCGUACGGCGAAGACCCGCGGGUGAGCUUGCUGCCGCACGUGUCUCGGCCCUCGACCCGCUUCCUCGAGCCAAGCUAUACGGAACUCGUGUCCAUUGUCGUCCUGGUCACGCCAGACCGCGCGGGCUACUUGAAGCUGGCACUCGAGCAGGUCAGGAGGCAGACGUAUCCGCGCUUGGAGGUGGUUGUCGUCAACGAUUUGGGCGACGACAUCAGCGCCGGCGAACCAGGCGCCGGGGCCGAGAGUGGACCGGGCGCCGUGGGGCCAAUAGCUGCCGUCCUCGGUCGAUUUCCGGACUUGGACGUCACUUACCGGCACGUCGAGACUGGCAGCUCGGUGGGCUACAAGCGCAACGUUGCAUGCAGCUUAGCGCAGGGAAGCGUGAUCGUCACUUGGGACUCAGACGAUCUGUACUCUGACACGCGCGUGGCAACGCAGGUGGCCCCGAUCCUCGGCGGCAAGUACGACGCCAGCGUCUUGCGCUUUCGGAUUUAUGCAUGGGUCGGAACGAACUCGCUCGAAUACUAUGAGAACCCGUUGGGAGGACCCAAUAUGGGGACCUUGACCUUCCGCCGCUCGCUCUGGGCCGAUGGGGCCGGGUAUCCAGAGGUGGACAUCGGCGAGGAUAUUGGAUUCCUGGAUGGCGCACUUCAGGAGUGCGCGUGCUCGACGAUCCUCCCAGGGACGGAGGGUGUCUACACGCGCCACCUCGGCGGCCGCAACACAUGGGGCUGGAACAACGCGAGCGCCGGUGUCGGUCCGAACGGCCAGCGCAUGAGACGCAUCGAUCGCCCGGCCUUCCUGCCGGAUGAGAUCGACGGCGAGUGCAUCCGCGCCGAGCAAAGUAUGGCUCCACGAGGAGACCGAGCUCGCACCCUGCUGAAGUACGCCGGGUCGAGGCGAAACCUGGCGCUGAUGCAGUUUGGCGACUUGGAGGCGUCCUCCUCGAUGCUGCCGGCCCGGUGCUUGGCCAGCGAGUCGGCGGCGCGGGGCUCCUGCCCGGUGGAGACGAAGCGGAGGGAGCUGCGCCGCCUGCUGGUAGACGGAGCUGUGGCGGAAGCGCCGCCCUCCGUGGUGACUGGCGGCGAUCAGAGCAUGCGCACCACCGACGCGCAAUUCUUCAGCAGCGCGACGAUCACGGCGUCGUUCCCGCGCGUGACAAGCUGCGACGACCACUUCAUCGUCCUCUCGUCGAGCGACUCCUUCUCCUGGACUUGGGGCUCAGAGUCGACGGCGAUCAAGUUUGUCUGGGACUGCGCUACCAAGUACGUCUACUGGCCAAGCUCGAGCACAUCCGCGCCUUGCGACGUGUACGGCGACAUCAACAUCGGCAUCACGAUCAACGACGGCAGCGUGACAUUCACCGACGACGUAAGCUGCGGCUCACUGACACAGUCAGGCAUCUCGCUUCCAGACAACCCCCUCUAUCUCUACGUCGGCGCCGACUGCGACAGCUGCACCACGCAGUGGUACGAGCUGAGCGUCUCAGCGGGUGUUGCAUCGCCGUCCUCUCCGCCGUCGCCACCUAUUUCGCCCUUCCCCACCGGCUUCGUGGCCGCGGCGAGCGAGGCUAAGCUCCGCUCUCUGAUCACGGAGGCUGCUGCUUCGCAAGCCGACCGCGGCGGCGUCGUCUACGCGUGGGACAGCGGUGCGGUCUCGAUAACCGGUUCGGCCGUGACCGGCUGCUCGGCUGGCACUUACGGCGGCGUCGUCUACGCGUCUUUCAGCGGUGCGGUCUCGCUAAUCGGCUCGACCGUGUCGGGCUGCUCGGCUGGCGAGGGCGGCGGCGUCGUCUACGCGUAUGAUAACAGCGGUGCAGUCUCGAUAAGCGGCUCGACCGUGUCGGGCUGCUCGGCUGGCACUGACGGCGGCGUCGUCUGGGCGUAUAAGAACAGCGGUGCGGUCUCGAUAAGCGGCUCGAACCUGACGAGCUGCUCGGCUCAGUACGGCGGCGUCGUCAAAGCGUCUAGCAGCGGUGCGGUCUCGAUCAUCGACUCAGAUGUGUCGGACUGCUCUGCUGAUGGCGGCGGCGUCGUCUACGCGUAUGAUAACAGCGGUGCAGUCUCGAUAAGCGGCUCGACCGUGUCGGGCUGCUCGGCUGGCACUGACGGCGGCGUAGUCUGGGCGAGGGAUAACCGCGAGCCCCUCUCCAUCGCGAGUGUCGACUUCAUCGACAACAGUGCGAGUUCGUCAGGCUCGGUGCUGUACCUGCGAAGCCAACCCUCCUCGAUCAGCGACGCCUCCUUCACCGGCAACGACGGUAUCACGAUCCAGACUCUCAACUCGCUGAUAGACUGGGACUGCCGCUUGGGCAGCUGGAUGCCGGCCGAGGGCGCCUUUAAAGGCAACUUCAGAGCCCCGGAGCGGGCCGCCCGCAUCGAGUCCGCGGUUGGCCUGCAGCCCAAGUUCAAGGUCGUCGUCAGCUUCUACCAGGUGAGCAGCACCCUCGGCCUCGUCUACGGCGUCCGCCUCGACGAGCACUUUACGCGCUGGCUCGACGUGCUCAAGCUGUUCAGCCUGGACUUGUUCGGCGUCGCCAUCCCCGGCCGCUGCAUCGGAGCCAUGAGCACGCGGCUGCUCGUCGCAGGCACCUGGCCGUACGCCGCUGUCGCCUUCGUGUCGCUCGCCAUUGUGGCGGCGGCGGCGGUCCUCAACAACAAGCAGGCAUUCGACCGCCAGCUGCUCGGCCGCGUCCUUUACUGGGCGAUCUUCAUCUUCUACCUCGUGCUUCCCUCCGUCUCGCGCUCCAUCUUCAGCGCGAGGCUGUGCGAGUCCUUUCGCUACGACGACGCGACAGGCCAGCGCAUCAGCUUCCUGCUCGCCGACCCAUCGCUCACAUGCGACGCCGGCCCUACGUGGGAGGACGAGGCGAGCGGACUCGCACCGUACUUUUGGGCCUUCUUCGCCCUCUGGCCCGUCCUCGUGCCGCUCGGCUUCUUGGCGCUGCUGCUCCGCGUCCGCAAGCCCGUGGCUGCGCAGCGCGCAACGCCGCUCUCUCGCGCGACGAGCUUCCUUUGGCGGGACUACUCUGCCAGCUUCCUCUUCUGGGAGGUGCUCGACCUGGUCCGCAAGAUCUUCCUCACCUCGAUGGUGCUCUUCAUCGACCAGGAGUACGGCUCCCGCAAGCUGCUGCGCACCGUUUUCGCCGCCAUCGUCUCGGCCAUGUUUCUCACCCUUUUAGCACUCGCCCGCCCCUACCGGCGCUCCGACGACCUCUGCCUCGCGUGCAUCGCCAACCUGCUCCUCACCUGCUGCUUCGCGUCGGGAGUGGUCAUCCAGCUGUGCGACAGCACCGCGUACGAAGACAUGUGCUACGACCUCGUUGGCUACAAGACCUCGCGCGGCGCCACCACCUUUGUCGUCGUCCUCACCGCGGUCAUGCUCGCCAUCUCGCUAGCCGUCAUCGUUGUAUUGGCGGUCAGCGCCUCGAGGGCGAAGACCAUGCGGCUCGUCUCUUCGAAGCGCGAGCCGAUGCGCGACGGCAUCACCCUCGCCGAAGGCCAGCAGUGGCACCUCUUCCUCAGCCACGUCUGGAGCACGGGGCAGGACGCUGUCGCCGUCAUCAAGAACGAGCUGCAGCAGUUCCUGCCCGGCUGCGAGAUCUUCCUCGACAUCGACGACCUCAAAAACAUCGGAGAGCUCGAGGCGUACAUUCGUCGCUCGCAGGUGGUGCUCUGCUUCCUGUCGCGGGGCUACCUGCGCUCGACGAACUGCCUGCGAGAGGUCCGCGCCGCGCUGGAGAUGACCAAGCCGCUCGUGCUCGUCCACGAGGCAGACCCGGACAAGGGCGGAGGCACACUCGCCGAGCUGCGAUCCGAGUGCCCCGAGGAGCUGCGGGCCGCCAUCUUUGACGCCGGCUGGCCGAUGGCGGUGUGGCAUCGGAUCGAGGCCUUCCAGCACGUCUCGCUCAAGGUCAUCGCCGAGGCGCUGCUGCUGAAGACGCCAAAGUACGCAGGCGAGAACGAGCUGCCCCUGUGCAUCCCUGGCGAGGUCCGAGCCGUCGACCUCGCCUUCCCCAAGCCGGUGGUUCUCUGGGCCUCGACUUUGAACGCCGGGGCGCGAGAUCUCGGCGAUGCGGUCGCGGCGGCCGUGGCUGGCGGCGUCUCGAUCACAGACGCAACGCCCUCGCGCCUCUCCUCGCUGCCUCGCUCGAGCGACAGCGGCGACGAAGAGGCGACGCACAUGCUGCUCUACCUGAACAGGUCGACAUGGGUCGGCGAUGGCGCCGAGGCGCUCGCAGAGCAGGUGCGCGCCGCGCGCCGCGCCAGGCUGCCGAUCGCCAUGGCGCACGAGAACGACGCUGUCCGCAGCGGCUGCAUCUUUGGCCACUUUUUCGAGGUGACGCCGCGCGACCUGAUCGCCGAUGGGCUGUACCACGACCUCGCCGUCGGUUGCCACUCGGGCCCGCACCGGCAGGUGUCGCUCGCCCUCCUCGCACAGGCGCUCGGCGCGACCAAGCAGACGGCUCAGUCGCGCAUGCGCCAAGUCACCGCCCUCGCUUUAACGCUCCGCGGCUCCUCUUCAAUGACGGAGCCGUCGAAUGGCGACGACGUUGUGGAAGCGUCAGCGACGCAGACCGUCUGA